CAUAGUGAGUUGCUGUGAGGCACGGCGAGUACCUGCUAAAUUUGGACCUUCGAGCUUAAUGGCGCAAGAUGCAGGAGUCCCAAAUGUUGACUCGCACAGCGAUUUGGAGGCAGGGAAGAAACAAGCGCCGGCCAAACGAUCUGAGAUGGCGCGGGCUGUCUCCAUCUCCAAGGUCCGUAUGCAAUUCCGUGGUUUGGACGGCAACAGCUACACGCCGCAGUACGUGCCGAUUGGGCCGUACCAUCUAAGCUGUUCGUCCCCACGGACUGAAAAAGAGAAGCUGUGCGGUGUCUCCUUCCUGAAGAGCCUCUCGGACGAACACACUCUAGCGCGACUAGUGGAGAAGUUGGAGCCACGAGCGAGGGAGUGUUACGCCGAUGGCGUUGGCCAACUCACGCCGGAGCAGUUUUCCGGUAUGCUGCUGCGCGACGGGUGCUACCUGCUUCUUCUGUUUGUUCAUUAUGUGACAGCUGGGGCAUGCGGCAAUGGCGGCGCUUCGACGGCGGCCGGUGGGGUCUCCGACAGCGCGGUGGUGCGCGACACCGUGUUCCUUGUUGAGAACCAGAUACCUCUCUUCGUGCUUGAGAAGAUCCACGAGCACAUCGCAGGAGGCGCUGGCAUGUCCGUCCUCGAAAGCAUCGCCGUCUCUGUCCAGGAGCUUCUGCAGGCGCAGCUCUACAUCAGCAAGAAGCUGCGGCCGGCGCCGCGGCAGGCGUCCCACUUGCUGCACCUGGUGCAUCACUACUUUCAGCCAACCAAUCCGCUACCGGAAAUGGCAGCGAGCACGGCACGGCGCACCGGCCGGUGGCGCCGGGCGACGGAGUACGGCCGGUACGGCGGCAUGCGGUUCAAGCGCCGGGUCUUCGCGAGCGGGGAGGAGUGGACCGUCCUCGACGUGCGCCUUAAGCGAGGCACGCUGUGCAUCCCCCACCUGCGAGUCGACAGCAACACGUGGACCGUCCUGCGUAACCUGAUGGCGCUGGAGGAGCACGUCCCACGGAGGCCCGUCACGGCGUACUGCCUCUUCAUGUCGCAGGUGGCCGGCACGGUGGAGGACGUGAAGCUACUGGUUAACGCAGGGAUCGUCGAGCACUUCCUGCCGAGUGACGAGCAGGUCGCUCAAGGCUUCGCGGACCUCUGCAAUGGGGUGGUCAUGGACGUCGACAACCUUGACCGGAACUACCUCAAGCCCAUCUGGCACAAGCUGCAGGAACGCUGCCAGAGCCGCGUGUUUAGAUUCAUGGGAUGGUUCUGCCAUGACCGGCACCUCGGUAUGGCUAUCGCGUUCCUUAUGGCUGUCGUCGUCUUGGUUUGUCAAGUGACGCAGACGUUCUAUGCAGUUACCGGCCGGAGGUGAACGAGGUCGACAACGUCCCAAAUAGUUCUCGGAGCAUGACUCGAUCAUAUCCGACAUUUAGGGUACGUCGGGGUGGAUUUUCUCAUGUUUAUUUCCUUUUGAGGGGAGAGUGCUUUGUUGUUGUUUUUUUCCUUUUGAGGGGAGUGUGCUUUGUUGUUUUGUCGGUUGAAUGAACGCUAGUCUCAUAGUUACUUUUUUUCGUUU